AUGCCGGAGGAGUACAUCAUGUCGUCGAAGGCGUGCGUCUACGUCUUGGGUGGAUCGGCCAACGUUGCCGCGCUGUACGACUUUGACGGCGUCUACAUUCUGGACGGAGGAUUCGCCGAGAAGGCCACCGGAUUCGUGGCUCACGUGCGAAAUGUCAGCGCCGUCCUUCUCUCCGCUCCGACCAAAAAUAAUUUGGGCACGACGUCGGCGCUGCUAGAGCAGGUGCGUAUCCGUAUAAUCGCUGGUUUCCACGACGAUUUAUGACUCUUAGAGGGCUUAAAUCUCUUCAAAACAAAAAUGCUUCUAAAUGUGGUUCUAACCGAGGUAUAGUUGCAGGACAAGCCGCUGCCCGUGUUCACGAACACAAAGCCGUUGAAGAGCGCUCAAUCGGGAACCAGUGGGGAGCAGGUGAAGCUGAUUCAGGAGGCCAACUCUAAGUUGCUCUCCGUCCCACCGCCGCUCUUCUCCCCAAAAUACCAGCCACAAAUCAUCUACCAGUCGGCGGCUAAAGGCGUUCUCUCGCUCUACGUUCUCGCCGGAGAUUCCAAAGACGGAGAAGCGAUCACGAAGGCGUUGGCUUCUGGAAACGAGGGAGAAGUUGAGAAGGCCGCUGCCGUGCAUGGAACUAUCGCAGUCUUGUUGUGGCGCCCGGCUCAGGGAGACCAACCAGCGGUUCGCGUGCUCAUUUCGGGUGAGUGUUUCGCAAUAUUCUCGAUUUCUCAUGAGGCCACAACUAGCCGUAUUGCGAAAUUGUUCUGAAUGAAUGAAUGGCACCAGAAGAAUUUCUAAAUUAUACGUGUUUCUUUAGGGACCAGCUCGGUGGCUCGCAUUCAACAAUCGCUCGACAGGGCCGCCAAGUUUCUUCCAUUCCUCAACGCUCCAGUCGUCAAGUCAAAGGAUGCUCUUAACGAGAUUCCGGCUCCAGCCGUCCCUCGCGCUACUGCGCCGAGUAAGCCUCUGGUGAAGCCGACUUCUUCCGCAAACCGACCGGCUCCUGCUCCAGUACGUGCCCCGAUCCGUCCAGCAUCCACCGGCGCUGCAAGAGCAAUUCGCUCGGGACCGACUGCCAAGGCUCCAGCUCCCGCGCCUGCCAGAACUCGUCCGGCUCCUGCUUCCAAUGGAGCUCCUGCCCGUAAAACGGUUGCUCCGACGACUCGUGCUGCUCCAUCGGCUUCUUCUCAUGAGCCGAUCGCAGCCGUGAAGACUGUCGGAAAGGCUCAAGGAGCUGCUCCAUCAAAGGCUGCUGCUGCCAAAAAGGCUCCGGUCGCCGCUGCUCCUCACAAGGUUUGUGCUGUUUUUUGUGAGCUUAAGCCUUUUAUGUUUCGCCGUUUUUUGCUUUCUUAGCAGUGUUGUGUCGAUUUUGUAGAAGCAAUCUCCGCCAUCAUCGGUGGACUCUGCUCCAGCUGCUGCUGCUGUCGUCGCUCCAAAAGUCGUCGUCGAUCUGGACGAUUCAGUGAUAUGCUUGUCGGAUUUGAACCAGGAAAGUUCUGGUUCCAAUAAACCGUUCGAUAUCGUCGUCAUUCCGCCGACUCCGGAGCCGCCACGCAGCGAAGAAGUCUUCACGACGGAAGAGGAGCCCAAGGUAACUUAGAUGUUAUAAAUCCACUUGUCCACUGCUUUCUGUGUCGCAUUUCUUUCUAUAAAUGUUGUGGUUCGUGAUGGUAGUGGUAUCUUUUCAGCAGCCAGUCGUGGACGUGGAGCCAGAGAUUCCGCCGCCAGUUGAUGCGUUCAAGAAGCCGAAGCCAGAGCCAGAGCCAGCCUCUUCCGGUUCUGUGGAGCCAGAGCCAGUUGCUCCUGAAAUUGAAAAGCCGAAAGAGCCGGCCAGUCCAAAGGCUCAUGAGAAGCCAGCUCCAGUCUAUCCGACUCUGGAUGACGUUACUCUGGCGCCGUCGCUCAUCGACGUCGAUCCGAUUCAGCCAGCUCAUCCGGAGCCGUCUGCUCCAGUCAUUCCGGCUGAUCACGUUACCAUUGCCACGGAUGAUCCUACCCUUCCGGAUGUUGCCGUUGCCGUUCCAUUCGUUCCGCACGUUCCGGGCGGCAAGGACGAUGGACUCAUUGCUCUGGAUGACGAUGUGCAGCAUGUGGCACCUGGAUUCGAGGUAAUCUCAUUUCUGGCGCAUGAAAACACUCCCCUCGCACGUCCAUUUCCUCUACCUUUCUCGGGAACAAAUGCAACAGCGGUUAAAGCAUAAAUGUGAUUUCAAGAAAAUUCUGUUUCAGGAGCCCUUGAUUCCACAAGCCCCGCGCGAGGAUGGUACGCUCGCUGAUUGCAGCGAGGAAGUCUCGCAGAAGAAGGAGAUCAGCAUGGAUACGGACAAGACGGGCACUGAUGUGGACAUCUCUGCGCCAGUCGGAGAAAUCACUUGGAUUUCUUCUGAGUUCCAGAAUCUGGGUCUCGACGACAAGACUGAAGAGUACGUGCGAAAAAUCAGCAAUCAGAUGAUCGAGGACGCGACUCUGCCGUUCACCAGUGCUCUUGCCAGCAGCAUUGUCGGUGGAGAUGUGAUCGCAGUGAAGCCGGAUUCGGAGAAGCCACUUCUCGACUUUGGUACCAACGGAAACGGAACUGCCGAAGACCCGAAAGACACUUCGAAGCACGACUUGAUGCAGUCGCGCUCCAGCAUCAUCGAGAACGGCGCUGCAGUCGACUACGAGAAGGCGGAUCCAGCGAUCGACGAAAUUCUCGCCGCGUGCGCCAUUGAAAGUGAGAAGGUGGAUGCAGCCAGCACUCCGAACACUCCGAAGACUGUAAACACGCUGCCGCUCUUCAUGCCGGCUGCUACAGGAGUCCCAUUCGCAAAGCCUGUCAAAUUCGCUCGUCCAUACUAUUUCGACGUGGUGACUGUGCCGCACAACGCGAAGCUCGAGACCACUCUCAACGAAGACGGUCUGCACGAGUUCGUCUCGAAGGUGCGCGCUCGCAAUCUCGUCCUUCCAUCCAAGGAUAUCUCAUCGGACCAGCUCAGCUCCAUCAUGACCGGAAAGCAGACCUGGUGUGAGAGUGGUUAGUCCAUUUUUAUAUACUUCAUUUUGAUAUUUAUCUAAUUUCCAGCUCAUCCGUGCACCAUAAUUCCCACUCACACGUCGCCGAUGCUGCUCGAAUUCCGUCAGAAGCACGAGCCCAAUUUCCAGACGGUCCAUCUGUCGCUGGCCGUUCCCGUUGAGAAGCAGAGAACCACCGUCAGCUCGGAAGCCGGCGCCGUCGAAUACGAGUUGGCGCGAAUCGCUUUGGAGUAG